CUAAGAUAAAUCCGCGUUUUUGUUUUCAAUGGAGGAAUGAAAAAUUUAUUCUUUGCUUGAGCAGAAAGAGAAACUCGCUUCAAAGUUUACUGUGCAAGCAGCAGAUAAAUCCAGUAUAGAAGCCGUGCCGUCAAUUGAAAAGGAUGGUUGGAGGUCGGAAUUUCUCGUGAUUUGGUGAAGAGAUGGCGUGUGGGAAAGUAUAAUCCAUGUGAGCGACAAGAAGCCACGGCCGCCGCCGCGCCUGUCGCUGCCUCUUCCUCCAGCGUUGCCUUGGGCAUCUGUGCUACAAAUUGCUGUAAUUGCGGCAUAAAAUUAUUCAAAGUUGUUAGUUUGAAUCCCCCGACCUGAACUCUGGAGGCUCUCGACUUAUAAUUAGGUCUGUAAGUUAUAGCAAUUUAAAGGUCGGGGAAGGGAGAAUUGUGGAAUUGUGGUAAUGGAGCUGGCAACCGUCUCUAUGUCUCUGCACUCUCCCUGGACGAUGCGUUGCCAGAAGAAUCCAAAUGGUUGGAUUCCACGAACAGUGGCGGCGAAGAGGAGGUGGGGUUCAGCUGGGUGUGUGAAAGGUGGGGUUGGUACGAGGACGAGGGAUGGCCUGAGAGUGAAAAGAAGAUCAUUACCAUCAUCACUAUCGUUAUCAUCAUCAUCGGGAGGAGGGCUGGUGGUUGUGGCGUCUGUUUUCGAGAGGUUCACGGAAAGGGCAAUAAAGGUGGUGACGUUUGCACAGAGGGAGGCGCAGGCACUGUGGGGAGGGGAGGUGGGGAGAGAGCAUCUGCUGCUGGGAUUGAUUGCAGAGCAGAGGAAGAGAAAGGGGGGCUUCCUGGAUUCAGGGCUCACCAUCGAUAGAGCGCGGGAGGAGGCAAGGAAGGUGAUUGCAGAGGGGGUUUCUGCCUCUGCCAAUCCUACAGAUAUUCCCUUUGCAAGCGGGUGCAAGCGUGUGUUUGAAGCAGCCAUGGAACAUUCCAGAAGCAUGGCUCACAAUUACAUUGCUCCUGAGCACAUUGCAAUUGCCCUUUUCAAUCUCAUCGAUCAAAAUGAGCCUGCCGCCUCUCUUCUUCAAAGAUUGGGUGUGAAUAAAGAAGAUCUGGCAUCUGUUGCAGCCUCAAGAUUACAGGGAGAGCUAGCCAAGGAGGGUAGAGAACUCUCUUCAACAUCUCUUGCAUUGCCAGCAAAAUCCAAAUUACGUGCAACUACAACCUCACAUGUGGACAAGAAAAAAGAGAAAGGUGCACUGGCUGAUUUCUGCAUUGAUAUUACCGCCCGAGCAAGUGAAGGUAGAAUAGAUCCUAUUGUUGGCCGUGACAAGGAGGUAGAGAGGGUGGUUCAGAUUCUUGGUCGGAGAACUAAAAAUAAUCCCAUUCUAUUGGGAGAACCAGGAGUAGGAAAAACUGCAAUUGCUGAAGGGCUAGCAAUCAGUAUCAUCCAAGGAAAUGUACCCGAUUUUCUUCAGGGAAAGCGUGUGAUGUCCCUAGAUAUUGGGUUAUUAAUAUCUGGUGCAAAAGAACGAGGGGAGUUAGAGAUGCGCGUAACAAGUUUGAUUGACGAAAUACAAAAAGCAGGUAAUGUCAUUCUUCUAAUCGACGAAGUUCACACACUCGUGGGAUCAGGAUUAGCUGGGAAGGCAAGAAAUGGCUCUGGCCUUGACAUUGCUAACUUGUUCAAGCCAGUCCUCGCCAGAGGUCAGCUACAGUGCAUUGCUGCUACAACACUUGAUGAACACAGAAAGUAUAUUGAGAAAGAUGGAGCACUGGCACGUCGAUUCCAGCCUGUGCUAGUAGAUGAGCCUAGCCAGGAUGAUGCUGUUAAGAUACUUGUAGGAUUGCUUGAGAAGUACGAAGAUCAUCACAAGUGCAGGUUUACUUCAGAGGCAGUGGAUGCAGCUGUUCGCUUAUCAGCAAGAUAUAUUCAAGAUAGAUAUCUUCCAGACAAAGCCAUUGAUCUCAUCGAUGAGGCGGGAAGCCAAGCACAUAUAAAAGCUUGCAAUAGAAAAAAGAAACAACAAGCAAGCAUACUCUCAAAAUCUCCCAGUGAAUAUUGGCGGGAAAUUCGGGAAGUUCAGAAACUUCAUGAAACUGCACCAUCAGUUAGAAUCAAAGAACAUCUUUCAAAACAUGCAGGCAGAUCUGGUGAUAGAUCUACACCAAGUACUUCAGAUAGUGAUGUGGAAGCUGUUUCUUUACCGUCUACUCCCACCAUAUCAAGUGAUUAUGAAUGUGAUAAUGGACCUGUUGUGGUUGGACCAGAUGACAUUGCAGCAAUUGCAUCCAUGUGGUCUGGUAUCCCGGUUGAGCAGCUCACUGCACAUGAACAACUCAAGUUAAUUGGUCUUGAGAAACAGCUCCAAACUCGUGUUGUUGGACAAAAAGAAGCCGUCAGUGCCAUUGCAAGAGCAUUGAGGAGAGCUCGUUUAGGAUUAAAAGAUCCCGAUCGUCCCAUUGCUACAAUGCUUUUUUGUGGUCCAACUGGAGUUGGCAAGACAGAAUUGACCAAGGCAUUGGCAGAAUCUUAUUUUGGUUCAGUAACGUCCAUGAUCAGGCUUGACAUGAGUGAAUAUAUGGAGCGACAUACUGUGAGUAAAUUGAUUGGAUCUCCCCCAGGAUAUGUAGGAUAUGGAGAGGGGGGCACACUAACUGAGGCUGUUAGACGGCGACCAUUUACUGUAAUUUUACUUGAUGAAAUUGAAAAAGCUCACCCUGAUAUAUUUAAUAUCCUGCUUCAAAUCUUUGAGGAUGGUAUUCUCGCUGACUCCCAGGGUCGCAGAGUUUCCUUCAAAAAUACAAUUAUCAUUAUGACAUCCAACAUAGGAUCAAAAGCAAUAGUAAAGGGUAGAAGUAACAGGACAUUUGUUUUCGGAGAAAAGGAUGGAGAUGGACAUGCAGCUCUAAAAGCAUUGGUCGAUGAGGAGUUGAAGGCUUAUUUUCGGCCAGAAUUAUUAAAUAGGAUGGACGAGGUGGUUAUCUUUCAUUCUUUACAAAAGCAGCAGGUACGUGAAAUACUGGGUUUGAUGCUGAAGGAGACCAGAGAACGACUCUCAGGCACAGGAAUUGGUCUAGAAGUGUCAGAGGCUGUUUUCAAUCUUAUAUGUCAAGAAGGUUAUGAUCGCAGUUAUGGUGCAAGGCCUCUAAAGCGAGCACUUACACGCUUGGUUGAAGAUGUUGUAAGUGAAGCGUUUCUUGCAGACAAGUACCAGGCAGGUGACACUGCCAUUGUCGAUUUAGAUGCUUCGGGAAAUCCAUUUGUCACACACCGGAAACCAGAUCAACAGGAGAAUGGGAUUUGCUUAUCAGUCAUGACAUCGACUACUUUGUAAUAGCCAGUUUGCUUUGCAAAGUUUAUUCUUAUACCUCUCAUUCAAUGACAGCGAAAAAAUGUGUACCUGUCAUUUAUUUAUUUGUUAUAUAUCUAUAAAGCUAUUUAUGUAUAUGGGCUGUAAAUAUAGGUUGAUUGCUGGGACACUGUAAAUAGCAUUGGCUAAUUGUUGUAAGAAUUGAAACAUUAGAAUGGUCCAAAUUGGAUCUUAGUUUAUUGGUCAAUUUAAGGAACAAAAAAUGCCUCAUCCUUUUAACAAGGCUCUGCCUUGGAUUGGAGUUUUGGCUUUUAGAUGCUUCUUGUUCAUUAAAGACAUUUAUUAUUCUCCAUUUUUUGGGGACAUACACAACUGAUUUACUUACAAGUUCUUCUGACUUGUUAUUUCAA